AUGUCUAAUCACAGAUAUGGACUUCAAUUUAACAUUACGAAUAGUAAUUUGCACCUUCUCUUGUGUAUUCUACUCGCUGGUGAUAUAGCAACUAAUCCUGGACCUGUCUGCAAUUCUUCAUCUCUCGGAUUAAAAGUUCUGUAUUUUAAUGCUAGAAGUCUAAAAGCACUUGUUCAUCCAACUGGGGACAACUCGGUAAAAAUUUGUAAAAUCUCGUUGCUGCAACAAUUGACAUAUAGCGGUAAUUACGACGUUGUAUGUGUAUGCGAGACUUGGUUAAACAAUUCAAUCUUAAGCAGUGAAAUCUUGCCUAAUUAUGGAUCUGUCUUUCGUUGUGACAGAGUUGGCAGAAUUGGUGGUGGUGUUCUUGUUGCUGUGAAGACUGGUAUACAAGUUACCCGUCGACAUGACCUGGAACCUGAAAACACCGAAAUUGUCGUUAUUGAAAUGUUGAAAUCAAACAGCAAACCAGUUGUACUUUAUACGUUCUACCGUCCUCCAAACUCUACGCCUGAUGUUCUUCAGUCAUUAAAUAACUCCCUUCAAAGAAAUUCGGAAUCCAGCCGUGUUGUAGUGAUAGGAGACUUUAAUCUACCAUCUGUUAAAUGGUCCUCUGAUCAACAUACCCCCAUUAACAUCGGAAGUUCUCCUGAGAAUGAAGCUUUCUGCGAAAUAGUCGAAGACAACUUCCUACAACAAUUCAUACUUAGCCCUACACACAUCGCUGGCAAUAUACUCGACCUGCUGUUAUGUAACACUCCCAACAUUAUUGGUGACGUUUCCCUAUCCCAUCCUGAGUCUUGUGGUUUUCCUACAGAUCAUUACAUCGUAGAACUUGAAAUUCAUCUUAAGUUCAAAAGAGCCACGCCAGUUAAGCGCCAGGUUUUCGAUUACAAAAACGGAAACUUCGAUGGUCUGCGUAAUUUUCUUACACAAUUUCCUAUAAGUAUUGUUCCAACAAAUAAUAUUGAUGACUGCUGGCAACAAUGGAAAUAUGCUUUCCUGACUGCAGUGAAGAGGUAUGUGCCAAUGAAAACGGUCAAAGACACCAACACUCCCCCAUGGGUCGAUAAAGAAGUACGCAAUUUAAUCAGCAGAAAAUACAAAGCACUGAAAAAAUACCGUAUGAACAAAACAAUUACUCGAAAGAGUAAACUACGAGCUCUUACUCAACGAAUAAAGUACUUAAUCAGAUGCAAACACCGAGAAUACCUUUCUAAAAUAGAAAAUUCCUUUGGUGACAACCCUAAACUGUUCUGGUCCUACCACAAAGCCAUCCUACAUCACAGGAAACGUCAAAAUAAUGAGAUUACCUACAAUGGUGUCACAGCUAAAACUGCCAAGGAAAAGGCGACACUUUUCAACUCUUACUUUUCUUCGGUAUUCCAUCCACCCUCAACCCGUUCAGCCCCUAGUGAUUACCCAGACUCUUUGGAAUCAGAGGGACAAAUUUCCGAGAUAACGCUCGAUGUUGAUGAAGUUUCACAAUGUUUGAGCUACCUUGAUACUUCGAAAGCAACCGGCCCCGAUGGUAUUCCAUCUCGACUUUUGCAAGCAUGUAGUCUCGAAAUCGCACCAAGCAUCUGUGAACUGUUCAACCAUUCUCUGCAUAGUGGUCGUAUUCCAUCUGAGUGGAAAUCCGCUAAUGUCACUCCCGUUCAUAAAAAGGAACGUAUUGAACCAGCCGAGAAUUACAGACCGAUUUCGUUGCUGCCCAUCCUUGGAAAAGUUUUGGAACGUUGUGUGUGCCUCCGAUUUUAUGACCAUAUUAGUCACCUGAUCACGGAAUCACAACAUGGCUUUCUAAGACAACGAUCAUGCGUCACACAGCUCUUAUCUGUUCUACAUGCCAUUGGACAAUCCCUCGACAAAAAUAUCCAAACCGACAUUGUCUACUUAGAUUUCGCCAAAGCUUUCGACUCUGUCGACCACCAAAUCCUACUGCAGAAGCUAAAAUCUUACGGUGUGAGAGGUCAGUUGUAUAAAUGGUUUGCUGAUUACCUCAAUGGUCGUUGUCAGAGAGUGGUUAUUGAUGGAGCUGCUUCGCAUUGGGCACCCGUAACAUCUGGUGUGCCGCAAGGAAGCAUCCUUGGACCUGUUCUCUUUGUGCUCUUUAUUAAUGACCUUCCCGACAUCUUACCCUACGAGAAAAUGGCAGCCCUGUAUGCAGACGACACCAAAGUGUACAAUUCGAUUAGAUCGAUAGCUGAUUGUGAAAAAGUACAACAAGCACUAACCAAUCUUAAGUGCUGGAGCCGUGACAACAAUCUUGGUUUCAACUCAUCCAAGUGUAAGGUGUUGACAAUCACAAGAAAAAAGUCUCCGUUGACGUAUGCCUACCAAAUGAACUCGAAAGCUGUAUCACGUGUAGAGAAAGAGAAAGAUCUUGCUGUUUGCGUUAAUAACAACCUUUCAUGGAAUGACCAUAUUUUCACCAUCACCGCAAAAGGGAACAAGAUGCUUGGACUUCUGAAAAGAACCUGUCCUCUCUUGACUAACACAACUGUGAGGCGGACGCUGUACUUGACGCUUGUUAGGUCUCAGCUGAGCUAUGCUACUGAGGUCUGGUCUCCACAUACCACCAAACUAAUAUCUAAGGUGGAAAGUGUCCAGAGAAUAGCUACUGGUUGGAUACUGAAAUCGAAGCGAGGAGAGAUUAGCUAUAAACAGCGAUUAACAACCCUCAACUUACUUCCCCUUUGUUACGAAAGAGAAAUAACAGAUUUGGUUUUCUUCUUCAAGGCACUUCAUGGAAAUAUUGAUCUCGAUGUGCGUACCUUCGUUUCGUUUGUGAACAAUGAUCGGACAAGGCUCAGCCAAAAUCCUACGCUCACUCUCAAAACUCCAUACUGCAAGUCAAGUACUUUCCAAGCAUCCUACUUCAACCGCAUUGUUAAAAUAUGGAACUACGCCUGUAAAAUUCUUCCUCCAACCAGUUUCGCCAGCCUUUCUUCUUUUAAAAGAAACAUUAAGGACACGUACAAACACUGUUUAGACGCAAAAUUUGACAUUGACAUGUCAUGCACGUGGACAUUGGUGCCUGAUUGCUGUUGCCACAAUUUCUAAUUUAAAUACUGUACUGUUUAUUUCUUGUCAGUCUUUGAACAUUGACAUUGUAAUGUAGAGUCUGUUAUAUGUUGUAUUGUGACGUGCUUUAAUUUGGCCGUUUGGGUCUUCUACAAAUUGCAUGUGCUUAUGUUGUCAUGUAGUUGAGGUUUUGAUUGUCAGUUGUUGUAUUUGUUCUUGUGAGUGUUUGUCAUAUCGUGUUUAGACUUUUAAUAGUAGAUUUUGUAGAAUACUCAAUAAAAUCAAUAAAUUUAAAAUUUAAAUUUAAAUUUAAAUCUUCGUGUCGGCAUCGUUUUAAAUCAAAUUUUUAAGUCAUCUUGGUCGACUCCUGUAUAAAGCCUUUUCUGUUCAUAUGAAACAUCAAACCGUCGCAAAACUUACCCUGUCCCAAACAAUCAAGCUUCUGUAAGAACUUGAAAAUUACUCGAGAACGACAACAGAGAAAGCGUUGUCACAUAUCAAUGAUGGCAGCAGUAGAAAAAGUCAACCAAGCGGCGCUCGUGGAACAAUUUCUACCCAGACAAAGGUUUAGGUCACCAUGAUCUUAAAUGGGCUGAAACGUUUAGAGGAGUUAGUCAACGAACAAAGUGGCGGAAAUUCACUUUUUUCGGUGUGGAGGGGGGCAUCCCUUCUAAAUUUCCGACAAAACCUUCAAAUUUCCGAACCCCCUCAUUUGCACUCGAAAAGACUACUUUUAGCCCUCUUUUAGAUCAAAAUUUCCUAAAAUUCGUCAAUUUUUCGUAAAGAUGGGCGGGGGGGGGGAGGGGGGCGGUCGCCACCCCACCCCGCCGAGAUUAACGCCACUGAACGAACAUAACCCAAACUAUAUUAUUGACCUACACUCUUGUCUGACAGUUCCGGUUGAAAACCUAAACUCGAUAGGCACUUCAAGGACCAGUUUCCUACCGCUUUGCAGUAGGCACGGAAUCUGGCGAACACCUUAUACGAAAGCAUUAAGUGUGUGAUAGUCUGGAGUACCUACUACUACACCCACAGUAUUAAUCAAAUUAUCCUGUGCUGCGCCAGAACACUCCAUUAAAUGUCAUUCCCAAACUAGACCAUCUCAAGGCUCAGAGGCAAUGGACCUUUAACCUUAUAAUAACUAAAAUUUUGAUUUAGACAAGUUUAGACAAAAAUUUCAUCCCAGCUUGAAAGAGCAUCACAGAAUUAGUAAUAUUCCGAAGUUUCGUUGCGAAAUGUUGUAAAAUGUGGAUAAUAUAGCCCUGCAAAGUUUGCAAUUUUCAGUCAUUUUAGAUUACAAAGGGGAAAUUGAAAUAUUACCCCAACACCCGAUUUGGGUAAAGUCUCGUUUGACAGCCGGUUAUAUCUGUUACAUCUGCUUCAACCACAACGUCACACGAAAAAGACGAUGAAGUUGAGGUAAGAGUUGAAGAAGACGAGGAAGUCGAGGAAGAGUACGACGCAGACGAUUCAGAUUCCGAUCAUGCUACGCUUGACAGUGGCGAAAGUGAUUCACUGGACAGUUUAACGUUUCUUCGGGUCGUCACUACACGUAGUGGACGCACGGUACAAGUUGUCUAUCGAAUGACGAAAGUGACAAAUGUUGAUGUAG